AUGACGCAGUGCUCGGCUGACUCGAUAGGCCUCUGGCUAUCACAGAUCCAGCAAACGGCCUUGACGGACGACGACGUCAGCGAUCCUAAGGUUAUUUCGAGGCAGCGUACAGAUAAUCGCAAACGGCGAGCGCCAAUGACGCCUCCUCCUACCGAGGGCGAAGAAGAUAAGACUCCGAAAAGACGACGAAGAAACGCGGAGAACCUAGAUGACCGAACGCCUCGACAGGCCAAUCGUGGCAAUCAGCCCUUACUGCGGCAAGAGCUGACACGCAUAUCGGCCGCCGCCUCACAAUCAUCUGCCUCGCAAUCUUCGGCAACCCACUCAUCAGCAUCUGGCAGAUCGUCGCCCCGCAAGAGAUUGGCCUCGACAGCUUUGUUUGAUGAUGGUGUACAGAUCGGGAUCUUGGAUAGGUCCACGCCAAGGACAGUCACUUCGUUCAUGGCCAAGUUUACGAGCAUUGGCGAUGGAAUUCGUGUAAUACCUCCUGCCUUCAAAGACCGCCUCGGGGCUGAGAAUCGCAUUUCCUCAUACGAUAGCUUUCGAUUUUCGACAUCAGACCCUCCAGCAGCGACCCGAUUCGAGUUUUACGACGAGCUUGCGAGUGUGGCAGCGUGGGCGGCGCGAUGCGAACGGAAGAAUAGCGAUGAGGCGACAUGGAACUCUCUUGUGCAUUCGCUGCUGAUGCGCCUGGCGAUCCAUGGGAGCAGUCACCUGGUAGUGCCUAAUGUCGAGGUGGAUUUCGAGCAAUGCACCAGCAGCGAUAUCAUCAAGAACUAUCUUCCGACCGCCGAACCCGGCAAACGAGUCGAUUUCGUGUUCUGCCUGAACCUCGGGAGUAGCGACAGGAGUAAACUGAAUCGCCUUCGCCGAAGACUGCCACUCAACACAGUUAACCACACCGACAACCCCAGCCUAGUCCUCGAUCCUAUUUGCGUAAGCAUCGAAACGAAGAAAGCGGCAUCCUCUACCGAUGAGGCCCGAAAACAGCUGGCGGUGUGGCAGGCGUCGCAGUGGAAGCAGCUUACGAUGCUGCUGUAUUGCGUGGACGAGAACAGGGCAGAAGAGGAUGUGGCCUCGAGACUUGCGGAGCUGCCGUUCCUACCGGGGGUGAUCAUCAAUGGUCAUGAGUGGUCACUGCAAGUCAUUCGUGUGAGGUAA